AUGCCUUCCCAAAACCAACCCCAACAAUCUUCUACUGGCGGCAGGCCUACCGGCGCAACAGGUGGUGGCUACAACAGAUAUCCGUGCGAUAACUGGCAGCAAGAAGGCCAUCCACAGAACUACACUUUCGUCGACCAAAAGGGUCGAUUGUGCGCCCAUUGCAUGUGUGCACCCCGCCAGCGAUGA